AUGACGCUACUUGUGUGUGCUCAACCAGACAGUAAACAAGUGGCUGUGGUUCUCUGUGGUUUGUAAGUUGUUUAUCUUGUUUAUGUAUUAAUUAUUAGCAACCAUCACAUCAGAAGACAAGAUAAGUUGGCCCGGGUGAGUUAACAGUCGAGUAUGGUGAUCCUUCAUAUAAAACGUGGGGAUGAGAGCCACUUCUUACUGGAAGAUACGGUACAGUCACCGGUGGAAGAAGUGUUGAACAGAGUGGUGAUGAUUCAUAAUGGUAGACUGAAGGUACAAAGGAUCUGUAGUGAGAUGGAGCUGCUAGCUGAACAUGGCCCAGCACUGCCACCUGAGAUGCACGGCCUUACUGAUGAUCAAAUACAAGACCUUCACCUGAAGGAUGACUGGGCUGAAAUCUGUGUGGCCAGUGGAGGCCAUACAGAGAACAAAGAUCCCUGUGGAAGAAGAAAUGGAUGUCAACCACUAGAAAAAAUGCAGGAAGUAAUAAGGAAGACGAUAGCUGAGGCAAAAGGAAUUAUAUCAAAAGAGCAAGUGAAGAGCAACACUCGUCUAACAGAACAACAUAUUUGUGAUGCUCUUGAUAUGUUGCGAGGAGCUGUCAUGAUUGUCUACCCGAUGAACCUGCCAACACACGAUCCAAUCAGAGAAGAAUUGGAGAACCGGGAAUCAUUAAGUGGAACACAAGACCAGAAAUAUGUACUAGAGGCUCCUAUGACACAGUUAUGGUUUGCAGGCAAGGAAAUACUUUGUGGAAAGAAAUUACUCGAUUACUUGGGAAAGAAUGAAAAGACUAAGGUAAUAAUAAAAGUUCAGAAACGUGGUCAAGGAGCUCCAAGCAGAGAACCAGUACUGACGGAAGAGGCGAGGCAGGCAUUAAUGGUGGCAGAAUUUAAAAACCGAGAAGAACUUAAGAAAUUACAAGAUGAUGAUGAUGAUUCUUAUCAUAAUUCUUCUUGGGCGGACAACCACCAGCUCCACCGAGCCUUCCAAGGACUCGACAAUAUUUCAUGGAAGCCCCAUUGACUACCAAGUACGUGCUGUACAUGAGAACAGUAACAUGAGCCGCAGGUGAAAAUUAGUAUUUUAUCAAGUAUAUCUGACUGACUCUGUAGCUGCUGUUGUCCUCUUUUCUUCCCUUUAACUCCAUUUUAAUUUUCAUAGUAAAAUGUUUAUUAAACUGUUUUUAUGUUCACUGGAUACUUCCCAUAUUUCCUGACAUACCCUGUACAGUAUUAGGCUUAACACCGUGGAAGACGAACCCCUAACUCGACAAUUACCUUACACAGUAAUAUCUCCUUUAGCCAGAAUCCCUCAAAUCCGGGACACUCUGAUAGCCGGAAUUGAAAUUUUCUCGGAAAAUUGUUCCCAGUCGGAAUUUUCCGAGGAGCAAAUUUUCUGGAAAAUUAUGAGAAAAUUUCCCAAUACCCGGAAAAUUCCAGGGAUGGGGGAAUUUUUUUCCGGUUUUGAGAGAUGAAAAUCGGGCGCAUUUUGCGGAAAUUCAGGGAUUGGGGGACAUUUCUCCGGGUUCGACAUAUGAUGUAAUGGGCAGUUUCUGGAACUUCCAAGAACAUUUUUCCAUUACCCGGAAAAUUUGGGGGAUGAGGUAUAUUUUUCCAGGUUCGAGAGAGUCGUCACGUUACCCGGAAAUCUCUCAUUCCCAGAAGUGCUCUGCACCAAUUGUUCCGGCUAACGGGGAUAUCACUGUACCUGUAUUAAGUUUCACUGUGGUUUAUCUUCCCUAACGUAUCAUUUAACUGGAUGUUUUUAUCCAUGAAGUUAUAGAUUUAAGAACUCACAAAAUUAUAAAACAAUGAACACUUGUUGUGGCUACGACUGUAGCAUUAAAACAUCAAACUUCAAAAUGUGGAAUGCAGUACAUUAUACGGUAUUAUAAAAAAUACUGUAUUUUUGUAAAAAUAUGCAAUACAGUUUACAACAUUCUUGAUUACCAAUAUUCAGUUACCAGUACUCUAUAAAUCAAAACAUCAGUGUUCCAUAAGCUAGGUGCAGAGCCGAGACAGUUUAUACCUCUUAUUAACUCGUACGUCGCUACAACAAUACUGGUAAAAAAAAUUAUUCUAUAAAUCAACUCAGUAUGAUCAAAAACCUGUGUAAAACAGAAAAAUUCUACUUGUUGAGCUCUAGGAAUCCAAAUAAUGGAGCCUCUUGGGUGUGACCUUCGUCCGUCACCAUAAGAAUGACUCACUGACUGUCACAAUUCAUUGCACUGAUGCCACACCAAGUGCCUUUUUUAUAUUGUAUAUACUCUUAGCGACUCUGAAUGAUCUGUUUUUAUCCCACAACACAUAAUGAUAUAAUGCAGUGGUCACGGUGACACUUGUUAUAUACAUAAUUAUUGUACGUAUAUCAUAAAGUCUGCGUAAUUGUUUUUGUUAAAAUUUGGCAAGUAACAACAUACGUUAGUCAGCUGGUCAGUGAUGUCAAAUUUAUGAGUCCCGUACUGUAUUGGGGUGUACUAAAGUACAUAUGGGUGUGUAAAAUGCUAUAUAUUGAUUUUCCACCCCUUGUUGUUAUCAAUGAUUGAAUACUGUACAGUAUUAUUAUAAUUUAUCACAUUUCCCAAUCAAUAACAUGUAACAUUUGCAAUAAGUCGUGGAGACACACAGCAUAUUCAAUGUUUUGUAGGCGUAUGCAGGCGUUUGUAUGGCACUUAUUACAUUUAUCUAGUGUAU